CCGGGAGCCCCCGCGGCCUCAGGAGGGAGAGGGCGGCCAUGGCGUUCUGCGGGCCGGGCGCCUACCUGACCCACCAGCAGAAGGUGUUGCGGCUUUACAAGCGGGCGCUGCGCCACCUGGAGUCGUACUGCGUGCACAGGACCCCGAGAUCAUGACCUGAAGUGAAGGCAGAUGCUUAACUGACUGAGCCACCCAAGCACCCCCAGAAUUAUCAGUCUUACAAAGAUGAAGGAAAUUGAGCUCCCAGAAUUCAGGGACAAAUACCGGUACUUUGCUUGUUUGAUGAGAGCCCGGUUUGAAGAACAUAAGAAUGAAAAGGACAUGGUGAAGGCCACCCAACUGCUGAGGGCGGCAGAGGAAGAAUUCUGGCACAAUCAGCAUCCUCAGCCUUACAUCUUCCCUGAGUCUCCAGGAGGCACCUCCUAUGAGAGGUACGAGUGUUACAAGGUUCCCGAGUGGUGCUUAGAUGACUGGCAUCCCUCCGAGAAGGCGAUGUAUCCUGAUUACUUUGCCAAGAGAGAGCAGUGGAAGAAGCUGCAGAGGGAAAGCUGGGAGCGGGAGGUGAAGCAGCUGCAGGAAGAAACCCCGCAUGGUGGUCCCACCACUGAAGCUUUGCCCCCAGCCCGAAAGGAAGGUGAUUUGCCUCCCCUGUGGUGGCACAUUGUGACCAGGCCCCGGGAGCGGCCCAUGUAGAGGAAGAGGAAGACACCGCACCAGCCAGCUUGCAAGUGAAAUAAGUUACAGAAUGUAACACACUUGCCCUAAUAAAAAUAACUCAA